AUGUCGUUGGUUUGUGCCACCCUCGCUUUGCCCAUCUUCGUGGCGAUCGACGUCAAGCUAGACCUGGGCGCGAUCCAGGUCGAGGGUUUGCGGAGAGAGGUGACGCUGAAGGAGCUCGGGGUCCACAUUCAGGGCUCCUACCCAGACCUCUGGGCGUGGCUGUUCCGCGGCGAGGACUCGGGGCUCUGGACUUACGCCCUGGCCGCGUGUGCGCUCUUCUGCUGCGGGCUCUGCCUGCUGGUGUUCGGCGCGGCCGUAGUGGUGCGCAUGCCGUACCACGGCCGCGUGCCAACCGCGGCGGACUUGCAGCGCGAGGUGCGGCGUGGUUGGCCGUGCGCCCCCGUGGAGGAGUUGAGGGAGCUGGAGAGCGGUUGA